GCACUCUUUACCUCUUCUUCUCUUUCGUCUACUCUCUGAUCAAUCCAAUCAAAAAAAGGAAAACCCUAGAUCUCUCUCCUUCCUCUUACAAUAACUUUAAACCGAGUUAUGCACAAGUCUCGAAGUGAAAUCAUAAUGGGCGGUGGCGGAUCGUCGAGAUCAUCGGAGCUCCUCGGCGGAGCUACUGAUCGGAAACGGAUCAACGAAGCUUUAGACAAACAUCUUAAAAAGUCUUCACCUUCCACUUCUAAAGACAAAGAUUCCUUCCCUUCUACCUCAACUGCUAAAUCUCACCUUCAACAAGCAGUUGAAUCUGAAACGGAUAGUGAAGGAUCAGAUGUGAGUGGGUCGGAAGGUGAUGAAGAUACGUCGUGGAUCUCGUGGUUUUGUAAUUUGAGAGGGAAUGAGUUUUUCUGUGAAGUGGAUGAAGAUUAUGUUCAAGAUGAUUUUAAUCUUUGUGGGUUGAGUGGUCAAGUUCCUUAUUAUGAUUAUGCACUUGAUCUUAUCUUAGAUGUUGAAUCAUCAAAUGGUGAUAUGUUUACUGAAGAACAGAAUGAGCUUGUGGAAUCAGCUGCUGAGAUGUUGUAUGGUCUUAUUCAUGUUCGUUAUAUUCUCACCACUAAAGGCAUGGCUGCUAUGUUGGAGAAGUACAAGAACUGUGAUUUUGGGAGAUGUCCGAGAGUUUUCUGCAGCGGGCAGUCAUGUCUACCGGUAGGGCAAUCUGAUAUACCGAGGUCGAGCACGGUGAAGAUAUACUGCCCAAAAUGCGAGGAUCUUUACUACCCUCGAUCUAAAUACCAAGACAUUGAUGGAGCUUACUUUGGGACUACUUUCCCACAUUUGUUUCUCAUGACCCAUGGGAGUUUGAAACCGCAGAAGCCGACUCAAAGCUACGUUCCUAAGAUCUUUGGCUUUAAGGUACAUAAGAAGCAAUGAUGAUACUGUCUUCUCUCACCAGUCCAAUGAGUUAUAAAACACAAUCUCGGUGGUGAAGAGCCCUUCUUCUUGAAUGAGAAGAGCUCUUAUGAGAAAAACGUCUUGAAGAGUUGAGCUCUGUAUGUAAUCUGGGAGAUGAAACUGGUCUCGGAAAUGAAAACAUGAGGGUCUUGAAAAUUCAUUUACCUUUUGGUAUUCAAGUAAAUCAUUUACAGAUUUUGCUUUAACUGUUUUUGUUGUGUAUUAUUUUACUUGUUGUUCUUUUGUGUUUCUUGUAUUGUACGCAACUAAGAUGCAUAACUAAUAUUUUCAACUCUCUUAUUCUAAUAGAUACGUAAGUGGUAGGCAUGGGUCUCGCUUUGUU